AAUAUUUACCUUGUUGAAACAUAAUAUCACAGAGCAACACUUCGCUUGCGACGUGCUUAUAUGGGUAUCAUAAUGUCGAACAAGGAAACGACUUUAAACUUCUCACAGCGCUUGGAAGCGACAUGGCUUACAGAUGUUAAAAACUACCGCAUCAAAAAGCGAACAAUCGUGACGAACAUUGGCGAGCGAAGUGCGAAGAUCUUGGCCGAUCCUGCGAAGGAACUUCAGCCGCGAACGUCCACCAUUCUGCAAGAUGUCACCAUCGACAAUGCCGACUCCUUGAUACUCACUCACAUCCCAGACAAAAUAAACCUCGGUGGUAUUAUCCUUGAUAAAGGUUGGGCGCACUUGAGCGCCACUGUUCCCGAUUUCUCCACCGAAUACCCGCUUUACAAGUCGGCGCAAUACGAAGUUGGCAAAGUGAAAUUCGACCCCUUCUUCGCCACAGGGGCAACAACUGCACCGAAUCACGAGCACAUGCGAUGCUAUCAGGCGAAAGUGAACCUCUGGUUCAGCCCAGAAAAUACGAACUGUGCAAUCCACAAUCAUCACACUGACCCAGAGAUGCUCGAAGUACAUACUCAGAUAUUUGGCGUUGGCCGUAUGCAGAAAUUCCACAAGCAGGAGUUCGAUUCCAUUUAGGAAGAUGUAAUUCUGGGUGCGGAAAUGACGCACGUUUGCUUCGCUGGCGUGAAAGAAGACGGAUCAUUUUAUUACCCUUGGCAUCAAUACUUCGCUGACACCGAUUGCAUAUGGAUGGCUGUUGAAUAUCACCCACAGUAGAAUUUCAAUCAGACGAUAUUGUAUUCGGAAAAAAACAAUGUAGUCAAAUUUAGACAAUUUCGGACAGACUGAUAAUACUUUAUAUAAACUUUUGGGCAUAGCCGCUACGCAGGCUAUUUUGGGCAAGGCACAGCAGAUUAGAAGCACUCAUUUGGAAACCUGGGACUGGAGAGGGCAACUUUGAAUUUUUAAGCCAGAAUAUCUAUAUAAUGGGCAGGGAUUAUUUAGGUUGUCAAUUUCUCUACAAAUCUAAUUGUUAGGUGUUUAAUUUAGUUUUGCUAUGAAGCAAACUGUUUUCCUAUGUAAUUUAAAGAUAUAAAUUCACUCUGUAACGAGUACUAGAACGUUUAAAGCACUGGAUAAUACUAUAGUGGUGUAGAGUAUAGCGGUGUAGAGAGAAUACUUCAAUUUUCAAAUAAAAUAUUUCCAAAUUAUUCAUUAUUCUCUUACUAUAUGGGCCAGUUAUUCACCGUGCCUUAAUUAGUUUUAGCCGUGCCGUACGUGCCAAGGACGUGAGGCAAAGAUAAUAGAAUUAGUAUCUUAACAAGAGCACUCGGUGUAUGUUCAAACUCGUUGUAUGGUUG